AUGAAGAGCAUAUUUAAGAGAGGUAAAAAUAGUACAAGUAAUAAUAAUACCCACAAUGAGAAUGCUCUUGAUCGAAUUUCCGAACAGGACUCCAACGCCCUGGAUGAAUUUCAAAAUAUAAAUUAUACCAACAAUUAUGAUAGGUUCAACAGGGAUUCGUUUUCUCCUCAAACAGACGACACCAUUGCUCCUAGAUAUGAAACCAUUCCUUCCAAUCCAAUUCAAAACUUCAUAAUACCAGAAUACAAUGAAAAAAUCAUUGAACCUCAAGACUACGUGAAAAACUUAGUUAGUGAUCCAAUAGAUAAAUCAAAAAGAUACCUUUUCAAUCUGUUCCCGAUUUUCAAAUGGAUCGGCUACUACCCAUCACAACCAAAGUGGAUCUUAUCUGAUUUCAUCACCGGUGUAUCGGUUGCUAUUGUUUUGAUCCCCCAGGCAAUGUCUUAUGCAAAAUUAGCAGGUCUAGCUCCGGAGUAUGGUCUCUAUUCCUCGUUCAUCGGAUUGAUCAUGUAUUCAAUUUUUGCCACCUCUAAAGACGUUUCAAUUGGUCCCGUUGCCGUUAUGAGUUUGGAAGUUUCAAAGAUCAUCCAAAGAAUCCAGGAAAAAUAUGGUGACGAAUAUUCUGCUCCCGAAAUUGCAAUCACAGUUGCGUUACUAUCUGGUGCUAUAACUUUGGGAGUCGGUCUAUUAAAACUAGGAUUCUUGGUUGAAUUGAUUCCCUUGCCUGCUGUCAUGGCAUUCACUACAGGUUCCUCGUUCAACAUUAUUUCUUCUCAAUUGCCCGGCUUAAUGGGAUUCUCCAAAGAAGUCAACAACCAUGAUGCUCCUUACUUGAUUAUCAUCCAUUUCUUGAAACACUUAAAAGAUACCAAUGUUGAUGCUGCUUUCGGACUGGUUGCGUUAUUCAUCUUAUACCUUUGGAAGUAUUUGUCCUCUUAUAUGAUUAAGAGAGAUUCAAAACGCUCCUUGUUUUGGACCUAUAUUCUGAAUGUUAGAACUGCAAUUGUAAUUAUCUUCUCAACCUUGAUCUCAUAUUUGAUUGUUAGACAUGAUAAGGAAAACCCUCCAUUUAGUAUCACGGGUCAUGUGAGGAGUGGCUUCCAAAACUUGGGUGUUUUCCAUCCACCAGCUAACUUGGCAUCCAGGAUCGGACCAGACUUACCUGUUGCGACAAUUGUCCUCGUAUUGGAGCACAUUUCAAUUGCAAAAUCUUUUGGUCGGUUACAUGAUUAUAAAAUUGAUCCAAAUCAAGAGUUCAUUGCCAUUGGUGUUACCAAUUUGAUUGGAACUUUUUUUAAUGCUUAUCCCGCUACAGGGUCAUUUUCAAGAACAGCCCUAGCCUCCAAGUGUGGGGUCAAAACACCAUUUGCAUCGAUUUUUGCGGGCUUUUGUGUUUUACUAGCUAUUUACUGUUUCACUAGUGCUUUCUAUUAUAUCCCAAAAGCCACAUUAUGUGCAAUUAUUAUUCAUGCAGUCAGUGACCUAAUGGCAUCCUGGAAAUCAACUUGGAAAAUGUACUUGAUUCAGCCUGUGGAUUGUGGCAUUUUCCUUGUAGGUGUUUUCGUUUCUGUUUUCUCAUCGAUUGAAUAUGGGAUCUACUGGGCUAUGUGCUCUUCAUGUGCUAUGAUCAUUUGGAGAAUGUGUUGGGCGAAUGGUACCUUUAUGGGUAGGAUCAAAAUUGUUGAAAUUGUCAAUCCAACAAUUGUUAAGGACGAAAAAAUGCUUGGUGUUAAUGAAGGUGAAGGUGUCGGUAACAACGAAAAGGCUUUCCUGAAUUCUGGUUUGAUCUCAAUGGCUGAUUCUUACAUAAGUACGAACAGCGUGUUGAAAGGAAACGUUAAUGAAACAACACAAUUACUUGAAAGAAAUAUUGUUUCUUAUAACUAUAGAUGGGUUCCCCUAAAAAAUAGCCAGUUAUCUCAGAAGAUUCAGAAUCCUAGCAAAGUUCACACCCGAUAUGUGAAUCAACACGUAGAAAUUGAACAACCGCCCCCGGGCGUUGUAGUUUACAGAAUGAGUGAAAGUUUUGUCUACCCCAAUAGUUCGUCACAAUGUGAUGCCAUACUAGAUUACAUCAAAGAAAAUAUGCGUUCUGCUGUUGAUCAAGACAAUGUUAGAUGGAAUAAUAUUCACGAAGUCAGAAAACUAAACUGGAACUUCAAAUCUCUGAAGUUCUGGGACAGUACUGAGAAUGAUAAAGAAUGUCAAGGACAACAGGACAGCAAUCACGCAAUGAAUGAAAACUCUUUGAAGCCAUUGCUAAAAGUUCUGCAUUUAGAUUUUUCUCAAGUAGUUGCAACUGAUGCAACUUCAAUCCAAUCGCUAAUUGAUUUGAGAAAAGCAAUCAGUUUAUUUACUAAUUCUGAAUUUGAAGUACAUUUCUCUGGAAUCAUCAACCCAUGGGUGAUUCGUGGAUUGGUUAGUGCCGGCUUUGGUGGCAAAGUCGUUGAAUCCGAAGAUCCAAAACAUCCGCAUGUUGAAAAUAAUGAGAUUGAGGUGGAUAUUGAAGAAGACAGGUUUUAUGAGAGCGAAAAUGAGAGUCAUUUGGGUGACUUAGAAAGCGGAAUCGUAAUUGAUAGGUAUGUUACUACCUCUUUUGGUGAUAAUGGAAUUUUAUACCCGGUAUUUGGCACAAAUUUACCACAUUUCCAUUUAGAUAUCCCAUCAUACAGCGAAUAUAAAUAA